AUGUUCACAUUAUCCUACACAGCACACACCGUGAUUUCGAUAAGUUUGCAUUUUAUCGGAAUUUUCGUCGGACUUUUUGUUUGGUAUUUAUUCCCGAAACAUGUGAGUUUGGUGAUUUUCAGCAAUUUUCAGUGAAUUUUUGGCUUAAAAUUUCAGUUUUUUGGGCAAAAAUGGUCCCAGAAGUCCAAAAUUCCUCAAAUUUCCACUCAAAAUCACCUAAAAACACCCCCAAGUUACCCUAACUCCCCUAAUUUUUACAGCCAACUCGUUCAAUAGUUCAAUUACCACACGAACGUAUUGCAUUAGUAAUCGAACCAUCUACAGUAAUCGGAAAACCCGAAAAUAUGAUAUUUUCGUCGGGCGGAAGUGAUAAACUUAUCGAUUUUGAUACUUCGCCAGUUUCAGCUAUUCGAAAUUAUGGUUAG